AUGCAUCAAAGUAGUCUGAAAUUUAUUCAGGAAGCUAACCGAAGAAAUUCAAUUGCACCUCUCAUCACACUUUAUUCUAGUGAAGAAGCUGGAUUGUAUCGGCCACUCAAUCAACAAUUGGCCAGUUCACCAAGCGGAGCUCAAACUAGCCCACAUCUGUGCGAUCGAUUCGUCAUGGAAUUUUAUCUCAAACGAAAAGAACUCAAACAACGAGCAUUCACUGGUACUAUUUAUCGUGGUGCUACACUUUCUGUUGAUGAUGUCGCUGUUUAUGAGUCGGCUCUAAAAAAUGAUUCUACAGCUGUACUUGGUCUCAAAGCAUUCACAUCAACAUCGAUCGAUCCACUUAUUGCUCUUAGUUUUGCUAUGAAAACUCCCAUUGGUGAAGGACAGAAGCAUGUACUCUUUGUUUUCGAGAUCAAUAAAGUCUCAUCAACAAUCUUUGCCAUAGAAGAUAUUUCUAUUUAUGGACAAGAGCGAGAAGUACUCAUUUUACCUGGCUCGCUCUUCGUGGUUACUGAUAUUCAAGAAAAUACUGAGCUCCAAAUUACACAGAUUGUUUUACGUCAUUGGAAAGUCUCUUUUUCAUUCAUGACCAAAUUAAAACAAACAUUUCGAUCGGGUAAAAAAAGUGUCAUCUGA